AUGAAUACAGAAGAUUUACCUCAGGAUUAGGAUUAUGAAAAUUAAGUUAAAAAUGAUAAUAUUAAUUUAGAUUUUAACGCUUCAAAUGAUGUAGAAAAAAAUUAGCAGAUUUAUGGAUCUGAAUAUGCUCCAAAUAAUUAACAACCUACUUCUGCUGAAGGUAGAAGUUAGGCCAAUUCCAUUCAAUCUCAACCCGAACCACCAAAGUAAAAAGUAGCUGCAAAUGCAUUGGAUAUUAGAGCUGCAGGUCAUCCAGGAGUUUGCGUCACUCACUUUAUAUUAAAAUUAAGUUCUCUCUUAUGCUUCUUCUUGAUUGGCUCUGAUCACAAUACUAUUUGCUUUGUCUUUACAAUCCUCUUUACUGCUUUUGAUUUUUGGAUUGUUAAAAACAUUACUGGAAGGAAAUUAGUAUUGUUAAAAUGGUAAUGCAGUGUAGAUGAUAAUGGAGAUGAAAAGUGGGUCUUUGAAUCCACAGAACCAGGAAUUAAACCAAAUCAAAUAGACUCAACAUUCUUUUGGUUCAUAUAAUUUUCCAUUUGUGCUAUUUGGCUUUUAGUAUCUCUCUACGAACUUUUUACUUUAAGCUUCUUCUGGCUUAUUUUAACAUUAGUAUGUUUCUUCAUUCAUACUGUAAAUUUCAGUGGUUUCUACAAAUGCAGAGGAGAACAUUAGAAGAAAAUAAAGAGCUAUAUGACAACCUUGGGAAUGAAAGCUAUUGCUAGUAAUAUGUGA